UGAGGUCGCCACUUGCAGGCCGACAACUCCUUAUUCCUUAGGAAUUGUGCUUUGCUGUGUUCUCGAUCAAAAGUUAUUUGAUUAAAAAUUGGGAAUUCUCCUACUUCAUCAGUGAAUCGCAAUGGUUUCCUUGAAUCCUGUCAGGAUCCUCAAGCAUGAGGCAGAGGAAGAAAAAGCAGAGAUUGCUAGGCUAAGCUUGUUCGUGGGAGCAAUAGCUAUCGGCGAUUUGGUAAAGUCUACUCUUGGCCCAAAGGGCAUGGACAAGGUAUUAGUUUCCCAUGGUAGAUCCGCAGGCCAAGUUCAGGUCACGAACGAUGGAGCGACCAUUCUUAAAAAUGUUGGCGUUGAUAAUCCUGCUGCAAAAAUUUUGGUAGACAUGUCCCGCGUACAGGACGACGAAGUUGGAGAUGGCACUACUUCUGUGACUGUUCUCGCAUCUGAGUUGUUGAGAGAAGCGGAGAAAUUAAUCGAUCAAAAGAUCCAUCCACAAACUAUAAUCUCUGGCUGGAGAAGUGCGACGAAGGUAGCGAGGGACGCAUUGAAAAAUACUGCGGCUGACAAUUCCGCAGAUCCCGAACGUUUCUGUGAAGACCUGCUGAAUAUCGCUCGCACGACUUUGAGCUCGAAGAUUUUGUCCCAGCACAAAGAACAUUUCAGCAAGCUUGCUGUAGACGCUGUCUUGCGUUUGAAAGGAUCCGGCAAUCUUUCGGCCAUUCAAGUCAUUAAGAAGCGCGGUGGGACUUUGUACGAUUCCUUCCUUGAAGAAGGAUUUUUGCUGGACAAGAAACCGGGAGUACAUCAGCCACAGAGAAUAACUGACGCCCGUCUACUUAUAGCUAAUACUCCCAUGGAUACAGAUAAGAUUAAAGUAUUUGGUUCUAGAGUUAGGGUUGAUUCAAUGGCGAAGAUUGCGGAGCUGGAAUCUGCAGAGAAAGAGAAAAUGAAGGAUAAAGUUGAUAAAAUCAUAAAACACGGCUGCAACGUUUUCGUCAAUCGACAAUUAAUUUAUAAUUAUCCGGAGCAACUGUUCGCCGAUGCUAAUAUCAUGGCUAUCGAGCACGCCGACUUCGAUGGUAUCGAACGACUUGCCCUCGUCACCGGUGGAGAAAUAGUCAGUACUUUCGAUCAUCCUGAAAUGGUGAAGCUUGGCAAAUGUGAUCUCAUUGAACAGGUGAUGAUAGGUGAAGAUACCUUAUUGAGAUUCUCGGGAGUUCCUUUGGGCGAAGCUUGCACGGUUAUCAUCCGAGGUGCCACGCAGCAGAUUCUUGACGAAGCCGAGAGGUCCUUGCACGACGCUCUCUGCGUAUUGGCAGCUACCGUGCGCGAAACGAGAAUCGUAUAUGGUGGAGGAUGCAGCGAGAUGAUAAUGGCCUGCGCCGUGAUGAAAGCUGCAACUUCCACUCCAGGGAAAGAAGCAGUUGCAAUGGAAUCGUUCGCUCGAGCAUUGCAACAGUUGCCCACUGUCAUCGCCGAUAACGCCGGGUACGAUUCCGCUCAACUGGUCAGCGAAUUGAGAGCUGCGCAUAACUCCGGCGCGAAUACCAUGGGCAUUGAUAUGGAAAGUGGAAAAAUUGGCUGUAUGAAACAAUUAGGUGUGACCGAAUCUUGGGCAGUGAAGAGACAAGUUUUACUUAGUGCAUCAGAAGCAGCGGAAAUGAUUUUGCGUGUGGACGAUAUCUUGCGUGCGGCGCCCAGGAAGCGUGUCAAGGACCGUGGACGUUGUUAAUUCCAUGAACGAUCCGUCAUUGCUUUAUUUGCACUGCUUUUUGUAAUGCGAAUUACAAACGAUUUAGCUUCACAUUUUUUUGUUAUUGAACAUUAAUAUUAUGAAUUGAUGUUAAGAAACACUAUUUCUUCGAUAUUCUAACGUGUAAUAUUUUAAAUCAGAA